CUGUCACUUUCUCGUGCUUUGUCCACUUGCCACCAAAAAAAAAACUCCCUUAUAUACAUACAAACUUCUUCCUCCUCUUUUCCUUCUCCAUCCUCGUUUCCUUUCUCUGGACUAAAAACCACCAGAUUUAUUUCGCACUUUCUGGAAUUACUCCUCCGAAAUAGAGAGAAAAAAAACCUCGAAACUUUCAACAAUGGCGGAAACUAAGAAAUACAUCUACGAGAUCGAACCUGCGAAGCCAGAACAAGGCGAAAUUCCUUCUAUCGGACCUGCUUAUCGCAGUAUCUUCGCUAAAGAUGGAUUUCCUCAAACACCUGCAGGAAUGGAGACAUGCUGGGAUAUCUUUCGCAUGACUGUGGAGAAAUAUCCUAAUAAUCCGAUGCUUGGUCAUCGUGAGAUUGUGGAUGGGAAGCCUGGAGAAUAUGUGUGGACAACUUAUAAGGAGGUAUACGACGUGGUCAUAAAAUUGGGGAAUUCUAUACGUCAUUGUGGUGUUGGAGAGGGAGGACGUUGUGGUAUCUAUGGAGCAAAUUGUGCUGAGUGGAUCAUGAGCAUGGAGGCCUGCAAUGCCCAUGGACUCUAUUGUGUUCCUUUGUAUGACACUUUAGGUGCUGGUGCUGUGGAAUUUAUCAUUUCCCAUGCAGAAGUUUCAAUUGCAUUCGUAGAAGAAAAAAAGAUUCCUGAGCUGCUUAAAGCUUUGCAAAACACAUCGAAAUACUUGAAAACUGUGGUUAGUUUUGGGAAGAUCACACAUGAGCAGAAAGAAGCUGUUGAAAAACUUGGCAUGAUGAUGUAUGGUUGGGAUGACUUUUUGCAAUUGGGAGGUGAUAAACAAUAUGAUCUAGCGAAGAAGGACAAGAGUGAUAUCUGCACCAUUAUGUAUACGAGCGGAACAACUGGGGAACCAAAGGGUGUACUCAUAUCUAAUGAAAAUAUUAUUACUUUAAUUGCCGGCGUAAAUCGUUUCCUGGAAAGUUCGAAAGAAGAGUUGAGCAUGCAUGAUGUGUAUCUAUCAUACCUGCCUCUGGCUCAUAUCUUUGAUCGGGUGAUUGAGGAGUGCUUUAUCUCUCAUGGUGCACGUAUAGGCUUUUGGAGAGGGGAUGUCAAGUUAUUACUUGAGGAUAUUGGAGUGUUAAAGCCGACAGUUUUCUGUGCUGUUCCUCGUGUUUUGGACAGAAUUUAUUCAGGUUUGCAAGAGAAACUUCGUGCAGGUGGUUUGCUGAAACGUACACUUUUUGGCUUUGCAUACUCACGCAAAUUCAACAACAUGAAGAAGGGUACCAAGCAUUCAGACGCAGCUCCCAUAUUUGACAAAAUUGUAUUUAGCAAGGUGAAGGAAGCGUUGGGGGGGAAAGUGAGACUAAUACUAUCUGGAGCUGCCCCUCUAGCUAGUCAUGUAGAAACAUUCUUACGUGUUGUAGCAUGCUGUUAUGUUUUACAAGGCUAUGGUUUGACCGAAACCUGUGCGGGAUCAUUUGUUUCACUGCCCAACGAGGUUCAGAUGAUUGGGACAGUUGGCCCUCCAGUAGCAAAUAUAGAUGUACGCCUUGAGUCGGUCCCUGAAAUGGGAUACGACGCUCAUGCUAGCACACCGCGUGGAGAAAUCUGUAUCAAGGGAAAAACCCUCUUCAAGGGAUAUCACAAACGAGAAGACCUCACUAAGGAAGUCAUGACUGAUGGAUGGUUCCACACAGGUGAUGUUGGAGAGUGGCAGCCAGAUGGAAGUAUGAAAAUCAUUGACCGUAAAAAGAACAUAUUUAAGCUUUCACAAGGCGAGUAUGUUGCAGUUGAGAACUUGGAGAAUAUCUUUGGCCUUUGCUCUGCCGUUGAUUCGAUUUGGAUUUAUGGGAAUAGUUUCCAAUCGUUCCUUGUUGCCGUUGCUAAUCCCAAUCAGGGUGCACUUGAGCGUUGGGCUCAAGCAAACGAGAUAGACGGGGAUUUCAAGACUCUGUGUGAAAACCCCAAAGCAAAAGAAUACAUACUCGGAGAGCUCGCAAAGAUUGGAAAGGAGAAGAAGCUUAAAGGCUUUGAGCUUAUCAGAUCCAUUCAUCUGGAUCCCAUGCCCUUUGAUAUUGAAAGGGACCUUCUUACCCCAACCUAUAAAAAGAAGAGGCCACAAAUGCUCAAGUACUAUCAGAGUAUUAUUGAUGACAUGUACAAGGCUACAAAGUAAUCCACACACUCGAAGAUCAGCAAUUUUGUUAACUUUCAGUUCAACUCACUUUGUGCUAUUUGAUUGCGUCCUCUUACCCAUUGUACAGACGUUUAUGUGUUCAUCUGCAGAUAAAAUUUACAGGUUUUUUCAAUUAUAUUAUAGUGGAAAUUUAAUUU